AUGUUCGCCGUCACCGCCUCCGCGCGCGCCGCGCCCGCCGCCGCCCCCGUGACCCUCCGCGCCGCGUCGUCGUCGUCGUCGUCUUCUUCUUCUCCUUCGCGCGGCGUCGCGCGCGUCGCCCCGCGCGGUUCGAGCGUCCGAUCCCGCGCGUUCGGUUUCGGCAAAGAGUCUAAGAAGACGGAGGAGGCCGCCGCGGAGGACGAGGACGACGAGGACGACGCGGACGACGCGGACGGCGAGGGCUCCGGGAUCGACUUCAAAGGCCUGAAGCAGCUCAUCUCCAUGGGCCUCGGCACGAUCUCCGGGGACAUCACGGAGAUCAACUUCGACAAGGAGAACGCGUCGCGCGCGGUCGUCAUGGAGCUCGAGGCGAACAACUUCGAAGACGCGGAGGGGAACCCGCUCUGGAAGCCGGACGACGUCGGGUUCGUCGGCGACGCGGAGGAGAGGACGCCGAUCAUGAACUACGUCGUUCCGGUGGUGUUGGGCGUCGGCGCCAUCGGCGGCGUCGUCGCGACGCUGAACGCAGCGACGGACGACGCUAUACGCGCGAGCGCGAGGAGAGAGGCGGAGAAGGUCGUCGCGAGGAGUAGGCGCGAGGAGGCGACGGCGAGGGAGGAGGCGGAGGACGUUCGAAGAAGCGGAGGCGACGCCGAGGACGCGCGCGGGCGAGGGCGUCGCGCGCCGUACGACCCUCCGACGAUCCCGCCGAUCGAAGGCGAGCGCGAGCGCGAGCCGCCCGCGACGCCGCCGAUCGCCCCCGGCUCGGUCGCGAGCGCGCGGACGCCGCCGCCGUCCGCGCCCGCGCCCGCGCCCGCGCCCGCGUCCGCGUCCGCGAACCCUCGCGCGUCCGCGCCGACGACGACGGCGCCGGCGAUGGCGACGCCGUCGUCCUCGUCCGCGGGCGCCCCCGACGUCGACGUCGCCGUCGUCCUCGCGAGCGUGCAGUCCGAGCUCGACGCGGUGAGCCGACGCCAGGCGUCGCUCCAGGAGACGACGCGCGCGGCGGUCGCGGCCGCGAUGGCGUCCGCGCGAGACGAGAUCUUCGCGAGCGCGAUGGCCUCGCUCGAGGCGACGCUGGCCGCGAAAGCCGAGGAGCGGUGCGUCGCGGUCAUCGCGGAGCAGGUCGUUCCGCGCGUGGGGGAGUCGCUGCGGAAGCUCGACGCGCGGCUGACCGCCGCGGAGGCUGGCGUCGCGGCGCUCGCCGCGAACACGACGCCGACGCAGCCGCAGCCGCCGACGCAGCCGCCGCCGCCGCCGCCGCCGCCGAGCGCCGGGGUGGACGAGGCCGCGCUCGCGUCGCGCGUCCGCGAGCGCGUCGCCGCGGACGUCGCCGCGCUCGUCGGGAAAGUGGAGGCCGCGGAGGUGGAGGCGAUGGAGGCGAAGCGCGCGAGGAAGGCGCUCGAGGAGGAGGUGCGCGCUAUGCGAGUCGCGCUCGACGCCGCGAGCGCGACGGUCGUUCCUCCCCCUCCUCCUUCCGCGGCGCCGCCGGCGCCGUCCGCGGAGCUCGCGGAGCUGCGCGCGAAGGUGGACGUGAUGACGAUGCAGGUCUCGGAAGCGUCCGCGGCCGCGGCGGCCGCGGCGGAGUCGGCGACCAAAGCGUCGCGGGCGCCGGCGCCCGCGCCGGCGCCGGCGCCGGCCGGCGACGCCGCGGCGACGACGCUCAUGGAGCUCGUGGAGCUCAGAGAGCGCCUCAAGAGCGUCUCGAACGCGGUCGAAACGCACGAGAAGCUCGUAGACGGCGCGACGACCGCGGUGCGCGUGAUGGAGACGAGAGUCGCGGCGACGGAGACAGCCGUCGCCGCCGCCGCCGCGGACGCCGCCUCCGCGGUCGCCGUCGCCGAGGGCGCGGCGACGAACGCCGCGAAAAACGCGGUCGAGCACGCGCGGAUCCUCGCGAUGGACGAUCAGCACAUGAUCGAGCUCACCGCGCGAAGAGUCGCGGAGGUGGAGGUGGCGGAGCGGGCGACGAGGGACGAGAGCCGCGAGGCGGACGCGGCGAUUCGCGCCUCCUUGGACGCGUUGUCGGAAAAACUGUCGGAAAAACUCGACGCGCUCUCCGCGCUCUCCACGACGCCCGCGGCGGCGGCGGAGGAAGAGAAGAAGAUCGACGCGCUUGAAGAUACCGCGACGAUACCUUCGCACGACGAGAUCGCCGCGAAGAUCGACGCGCUGGAGAAGCGCGUCGUCGCCGCGGAGGACGCCGCGGCGGCGGCGGCGGCGGAAAAAGCGGCGGCGGAAAAAGCCGCGCCGCCCCCCCCCCAGACCGACGAAGGAACGCUCGUCGCGCGCACGGACGCGAUCGAGGCGGCCGCCGCGGCGCUCUCCGCGCGCGUCGCCGCGCUCGGCGAGCUCGUCGAGGACGACCACGCCGCGGCGUUCAAACGCCACGACGCGAAGCUCAAGUCCGUGGAGCAGACGCUCGUGAAGGAGGUGGCGCCGCGGUUCAAGACCCUCGACGCGAAGGCGCGAUCCGCGGAAAACGCCGCCUCUGCCGCCGCCGCGGAGGCGGGCCGCGCCGCGGACGCGGUCGCGGGGCUCCUCGAGCGCGACAUCGCGAGGGACCAGGAGGUUGCGGACGCGAAGAAGCGCGCGAGCGCGGACGAGGCGGACGCGAUGCGACGUGUCGACGAGAAGGUCGCGAGAGUGCGAGCCGGCGCGGAGGAGGCGACGCGAGAGUGCAAGCUGGCGCUCGAGAAGCUCGGCGCCGACGUCGCGUUUCUCGAGGCGAAGGACGCGUCCGGGGCGAAAGAGAUCGACCUCCUCGCGGAGGAGUGGUCGGCCGCGAGGGCCGGGCUGAAGCGACAGGAGGAGGCGCUGUGGGAGAGCGUGAUGAUGAUUCGACGCGAGGUGGAGGCGGCGUCGCCGAGUCCGAGUCCGUCGACGGGGCGGCGGGGACGGAACGGAAACGCGUUCAAGAAUUUGUUCCGCGGCGGCGGCGGCGGCGGCGGCGGCGGGACGAACGACGGGACGCCGAGCUCGACGAGGAGCGACGGGGGGAGAACCACCCCGGGGGGGUCCACGCCGGGCGGGACGCUUCCUCCGGCGCCGGCGCGAAGAGGUCGACGCGGAGAGAGCGAGACGCCCACGCCGGAGCGGUACGCGAACCCGUUCCUGGACGAGGAUUAA